AUGACAUCCUUUAAUGUGUGCCUUGGGGGCUUUGGGGCAUUUCCUAUCUACGUAUGUGUUGAUGAUAAGUAUCUAAAAAUUGUGUUUGGUUACAAUCAGCUCGGACUGAAAGAAAUUACUGAGAAUGUGAGAAAAUCCAAAAACAAGCUUCUUGCGUUAUUUCCCUCCCCCACCUUGUGUACAGUGAACUAUGGGAUUACUAAAGUGGAAGGACAGCCUCUUCACACAGAGCUGAGCAGGCCCAUGGACAAUUGCAACAAUCUCAGGAUGUCUCCAGCAAAAGGGAUGCAGGAGAAGGGGGAACUGGAUGACCUUGGUGAUAAGUGUGACAGCAAUGUCUCCAGCAGUAAGAAGAGGAGGCACAGAACAACUUUCACCAGUUUGCAGCUGGAGGAACUGGAGAAAGUAUUCCAGAAAACUCACUACCCUGAUGUCUAUGUAAGAGAACAGCUAGCUCUGAGAACAGAGCUCACAGAGGCCAGAGUCCAGGUUUGGUUCCAGAAUCGAAGAGCAAAAUGGAGGAAAAGAGAACGUUAUGGUCAGAUCCAGCAAGCUAAGAGCCAUUUUGCUGCCACCUAUGAUAUAUCUGUUCUUCCAAGGACUGACAGCUACCCUCAGAUUCAGAACAAUCUGUGGGCAGGGAAUGCGGCUAGCGGUUCUGUGGUUACGUCCUGCAUGCUGCCACGAGAUACGUCCUCCUGUAUGACACCUUAUUCCCAUUCACCCCGGACAGAUUCUGGCUACACAGGCUUUUCAAACCACCAGAAUCAGUUCAGCCACGUGCCCCUCAAUAAUUUUUUCACUGACUCUUUACUUUCUGGGGCAACCAAUGGACACGCUUUUGAAACCAAGCCGGAGUUUGAAAGGAGGUCCUCCAGCAUUGCAGUUCUACGGAUGAAAGCCAAAGAGCAUGCUGCCAAUAUUUCCUGGGCCAUGUAAUAUAGCAGUACCUUUUCUUAAUUUCCUUUUUUUUUUUUUUUUAAUAGCAAAUUGAAAACAUUUUUAUUUCUCAUAUUUAAUGGACAUAACAAUAAGCUGCUGUGUGUUGAAUGCUAGAAAUCACAAUAUACACAAUGUCUGCUUAAACAAAUGCAAUAUAAUAUUUAACAAUAAAAAAAGAAUAAACCAAAUAGAUUUACCAUGCAUCAAGCUCAACAAGCCCUCUUUGUUUUGGUUUUUAUAUAGAAAUAUGUUUUGUUGUACCAGUUGAUGAAAUAUGAUUAUAGAAUCUGCAAAAAAGAAUAAAACUAUUAAGCAAA